AUGUCGGAAUUGAGGUCGAUAAAGGCGAUCACUGAUGCUAAACGUUUUCCCCUCAUAUUAUACAAACGAAUUCUAAGAUUACAUUAUGGCUUGCCGAAAAAAAUGCGUAUGAUCGGUGAUCAGUAUAUAAAAACUGAAUUCCAAAGACAUAAAAAUGUUCCGCCUGAACAAGCUGUGGUAUUCUUGAAAGAAUGGAAGGAAUACUCAGCGAUCUUAUCAAAACAAUUAUCUAGUCGUGGCAUUGCAAAAGGGAUCUUAGGCGUUAAUUUGAAUUCCACAGUUUUGGAUAAUCUGCAAGAAGACCAACUUUGGCAGUUAUACAAUUUAAAACUGGAAGCAGAAAAAUCUUUAAAGGAAUGA